GUCUCAAAAUGUUGGGACUUUGCGCGCCUUUGCCUCUAUUGUUUAUUAUCAAAAAGUGAUAAAUCAAAUGACUUUGCAAUAAUUUUAAUAAAUAUAAAAUAUUCUUGUGAAAUUUUCGCGUAAGCUUACAUUGACGUUAUGUGACAGUGGUUAUUAUUGGUGAACUUUAAAGACCUGUAAGUGAUUGUAAUGCGUGUUUAUUGAGUUUUUAAAGACAUUUUUAAAUGGCAUGUUAAUUAAGAAAAUGAUAAGAUCGUACGACGUUUGAAUGUCGGCCAUAUUGUCGCGAGCGGUAACCCGGUGAUGCGCGGCGCGGAUACCACGAUGAGCUCAUUCCUCAUGAACGGUGGAUACCAGCCGCAGCCAGAUCCAAAAUUCCCGCCUUCCGAAGAAUACAGCCAAGCGGACUACAUACCACCAGGAGAGUACUACCAACAUCAGCACUUACAAUACGGUUACCAACACCAAUAUGCGCCAGUUCAGAUUGGAACAGGGUAUGGAUACGGUGGUUACUAUCAUCCAUUACCCCAGCAUCCACCAGUCGCUCCGCCGCCAAGACCGCCGGAGCCGUCACACCCAUCAGACGCGGAUCAUGGCUAUGUUUCCCAUGGUACUGAAGCUGCACCUGGUCUUGCGGAGCUCGGCUUACGUCUGGAGAGGCAUAUCGAAGAAGCAGCGCCUGCCGGUAGAAAACUACACGCAUUGGGUCGCGAAGGAUCACCUGUAUCCGAGAUGGAUGAUGAAAGACUUCUCUUAGAUAGCCCUCCGGUAGAUGACGAUGACUCCUCUAUUUGUUCGGACAAUACAGAUAGAGUUAUAUAUCCCUGGAUGAAAAAGAUUCACGUUGCUGGUGCUUCGAAUGGCACAUUUCAACCCGGGAUGGAACCGAAAAGACAACGAACAGCAUACACAAGACACCAAAUAUUAGAACUCGAGAAAGAAUUUCACUAUAAUCGAUAUUUGACACGAAGAAGAAGGAUAGAAAUAGCCCACACUCUAGUCUUGUCUGAAAGGCAAAUCAAAAUAUGGUUUCAAAACAGACGGAUGAAAUGGAAGAAGGAUAACAAAUUGCCUAAUACCAAAAACGUUAGAAGAAAAACAAAUCCAGCCGGGGUGACCACCACGACGACUAAAGGAGCCACACCAAAGAGUAGAUCUAGUAAGAACACUAAUAACAAUGAUAAGAAAAAGUCGAAUAACAAUGGUCGACCAGAUAGCAUAGAGAAUGUUACUGAUAAUAUUAUGAAUGACUUACAUUGUGUUGGCGCGCAGAACCUAUCGCACGACCCGGCGAUAAGUCCGAUGACUCAUCCAGGUAGUCAAAUGACUCCGGGACAUCCGAUGACGCCACAUCAUUUGCACAUGAUGGGCAUGCACGCGGGCAUGGACCCCAGUAUGGUGGCCAAUCUCUCAGCUCACGGAUCCCCAGUGGGUAACUCCGGCUGUGGUACCGGCAUGAGCUCUAACCCACCAGUCAUCAAAUCUGACUACGGACUGACCGCCUUAUAAUCCUUAUAAAUGUAUAGAAAAGAAUACUAUAUUUUCACUAAUGAAUUUUCCGCGAUUCUUACCAUUCCCUUGUGUCGAUAAUGUGUAAUAAAGUGAUUUAAUUUGUAUUAUUUAAGAUUAAUUUUUAAUUACUUAAGAAUAAGUAUAGAUCUACCAGUCAUUAUUUGAUGUUUGCGUAACUAAGUGGAAAACUUUACAAUGUCAAAAAGUGUGAUUAUUUUAGUGUAGGUUUAGAUGUUUUGGAUUUGUACGUUUCCUACAUGUCAUUGUCCUUAUAAACUGUUACUUUAGGCCUAAAGUUUCAUUGCUUUGUCAACAUGCUUGGUUGACGUGUAUUUAUCUUAGUUACCAAUAAAUAAGUGUGUAAAAUAAUUGUAGACAAUCUAAAAUGUAAUGUUCAAAAUUAUUUCAUUAAAAACAUUAAUUAAAUUAUUUUUAUAGGAAUGUUAUAGAAGCUAUAGUCUUGUAAUGGUUUCAUUGUAAAAUUUUAUGUGUAAUUUUUAUGGGUACUACUAAUUUUAUCAACAAUUCUUUGUUCGCAAUCGAUACCAAUAGUUAAUAAAAUGUUAGUAAAAUAUUAGCUAAGAGUGCUUAAGUAUUUCAGAUAUUUAUAAACUGCAUCCUUAUUAAUUGUACAUUAAAUUAUGGUAUUUUUUUAAUCAAACUUACGUAUGUGAUCUAGACAAUGACUUAGGUUUAGGUACAAAUUGUAAAAAUUAAGUUUAAAAA